AGAGUGUAGUGGAGAGUCCAAUGCCUUAGUUAAGGAUUCUCAAGUAAAAGUUGUAAAUAGGAUGAAUAUAAUGGAUUGUGGAUAUGCUGGUGAGUUAGGUUUAGUUUCUUACAUUGAAUCUAUACAUGGGAAAUUGAGUUUGGGUUUUGUGCGAGAGUUGUUCCUUCAUGGAAUGAGUACUUUUUCAAGUACUGAUUUUGGGAUAGUUGAGACAUAUCGUUGCUCAGGUGCAUCAAUGCAAGCCCGUUUGGAGCUAUUCCAAACACAAGUUGGAAUUACAAAAGAAAUCCAUGGGGAUGCUAAUGUUCGAUAUGCUUGGCUUCCUUUUCCUGAAGGAGAAUUAUCUACAAUGGUGGAGUGUGGACUUGGGUAUUGUAUGCUAUCUGCAGCCAAUUGCACAUACGACACUGGUGUUCUUCUGGCAGCGGUUACUUGCCCUUAUGCCAGUGCACGCUAUUGUGAUAUCGACAAAAAUGAUGUUAGACACUUAGUCCUUUGUCGUGUGAUAAUGGGUAACAUGGAACUUCUUCGUCCUAGCAUUGGCACCGGAACUCGUCAAUUUCAACCCAUCAGCUCUAAAUAUGAUAACGGGGUUGAUGACUUCCAAAGCCCAAAAUACUAUUUAGUAUGGAAUAUGAACAUAAAUACUCAUAUUUAUCCAGAAUUUAUUAUUAGUUUCAAGGUCAAUGAGGAUGCUAAAGGCCAUUUUUGUGGAAUUGUGGGAGAUAGAAAUCUUUUUGGGGCCAAUUCUUAUGGUCAUGGUUCUAGUGGCUUAUUGGAGUCAGCAUCUUUGGUGGAUAAUGGAUUAACUUCUGGUAGGGUUUCUAGCAUCCCAAACAUUCCGAAAUCUCCUUGGCUACCUUUUUCUAUGCUUAUCGCUGCUCUAAGUGACAAGGUUGAUGCAAAUGAUAUGAGUCUUAUAAGAGAACAUUAUGAACUAUACAAGGUUAAGCAGGUUUCCCGUGAUGAUCUUGUGAAAGUGCUGAGAUUAAUAGUUGGAGAUACUAUAUUGAGAGCUACAAUAACAAGUCUUCAAUUCAAGAUACCAUCCCUUGGUGAAUAG